ACAGAGUCAGUGGAUGUCAGUGAUGCUGGAGAGACUUCACAGAACAGAGGAACUCCCUCCUCUCAGAGCAAAGUGGAUGCCAGUGGUGUUGAAGAAACUAAAGAUGGAAUUGUUCCAGUACCAGAGCCACGACACAUCUCAUUUUACCAAGACUGUCUUCAAACACACCUUCAGGAUGGGUUUAUGUAUAAACAAGAAGGGUGGACACAGAACAAGGAUGAACAACCUCUGGAUGAUAUCUACACACAUCUGAACAUCAAAGCUACUGGUGACGUACACAUCAACAAACAGCAUGAGGUCAGGCAGAUUGAGGCGAUGAAGCAAGCAGAUACAGAGACAACUAUUAAACCGUGUGACAUGUUCAAAGACCCCUCUGGAAAAGACAGACCCAUAAGAACAGUGCUGACUAAUGGAAUUGCAGGAAUUGGAAAAACGUUUCUUGUGCACAAAUUUGUGUUGGAUUGGUGUAAAAGAGAAACCAAUCAAGAUGUGCAUCUCGUUUUCCUCUUGACCUUCCGCGAACUGAAUUUAAAGAAGGGGAAAAAAUAUUGUUUUGCAGAGCUCAUUCAUGAAUGUAUCACGGAGACCAAAGACAUCAAGAAAGAAGCUCUUAAUCACAUCUUUACAGCUCUGCAGUCAACAGGAAACACCAACUUUGACAAGAGUGAAUUCAAACUUCUGUUUAUUUUAGACGGACUGGAUGAGAGCCGCCUUGAUCUGGACUACUCUACCAAAAAAAACCAGACAGUUGAAAUUGAUGUGACGGCGCCGGCCUUAGUGGACGAGCUGCUAACGAACCUCAUCAAGAAGAAACUGCUUCCCUCUGCUCGUCUCUGGAUAACCACACGACCUGCAGCAGCCAAUCAGAUCCAUUCUGAUUUUGUUAACAUGGUGACAGAGGUCAGAGGGUUCUCCGACCCACAGAAGGAGGAGUACUUCAAGAAAAGAUUCACAGAUCCGGAGCAGACCGACCGAUUCAUCUCCCACAUCAAGACAUCACGAAGCCUCCACAUCAUGUGUCACAUCCCAGUCUUCUGCUGGAUCACUGCUAUAGUUCUGGAGGAUGUGAUGAAAACCAGAGAGGGAAGAGAGCUGCCCAAGAACCUGACUGAGAUGUACGUAGAAUUCCUGCUGUUUCAGAUUCAUCAGACAAAGGAGAAGUAUGACUCAAAAGAGUGCAUUCAGUACAUUGAGUCAUUAGCAAAACUGGCUUACCAUCAGUUGGAAAAGGGCAACCUGAUCUUCUAUGAGAAAGAUCUAGAAGAGAGUGGCAUUGAUGUCACUGGAGCUUCGAAGUGCUCAGGAGUGUUCACAGAGAUCUUCAAAGAGGACCGUAGGAGGAAGAAUGAGGAAGACAAGAUGUUUAGCUUCGUCCAUCUAAGUGUUCAGGAGUUUCUGGCUGCUCUUCAUGUAAAGAGCGCUGUCAUUAAAAGAAACAAGAAUGUGAUGUCUGAGCCAGGGCAAAGUUUCUUCAAAAAAGUGAAGGAAGUUUUCAAGAGAACAUCUACGACAAAGGUCCACAUGUUUGCUAUUGACAAGGCCUUACAGAGUCCAAACGGACACCUGGACUUGUUCCUCCGCUUCCUCCUGGGUCUUUCACAGGAGACCAAUCAGAAACACCUACGAAGUCUGCUGAAAAAAAGAAGCUCAGAGACCAAUCAGGAAACAGUCGACUACAUCAAGAAGAAGAUCAGUGAGAAUCUGUCUCCAGAGAAAAGCAUCAAUCUGUUCCACUGUCUGAAUGAACUGAAUGAUCGUUCUCUAGUGGAGGAGAUCCAACAGUCACUGAGAUCAGGAUGUCUCUCCACAGAUGAACUGUCUCCUGCUCAGUGGUCAGCUCUGGUCUUCAUCUUACUGUCAUCAGAAGAAGAUAUGGAUGUGUUUGACCUGAAGAAAUACCAUGCUUCAGAGGAUGUUCUUCUGAGGCUGCUGCCAGUGGUCAAAGCCUCCAAAAAAGCUCUGUAAGUGCACCGAUUACUGAAGCUACUAACUGUAUCAGAGGUGUAGGGUUUUUCUCAAAUAAUGAAUGUUUUAGUCAACUGAUAGUCAAGAUUUAGAAAACAAAUUGAUUAGUUGAUCAAUUGAAAAACCUGCACAUUGUUUCUUCAGUUUCAUUGUACCUCCACAGAUUAAUGAAGCCAAAUGAAGAAAACAAGAUCUGCCAUUUUGUAAUUCAUUUGAGGCUGAAAUUAAUUAGUGUGAAUGAUUGGGAUCCAACAGAUGUGACUAUAUUUUGUGAAAUUUCCUUUAAUAGUUUUCUGACUCCAGUAAUAUACACAAUACAAGAUAUACAUU